AUGGCGGCGGCUGAUUUUUUCUCGCGGUUUUCUGUUUUCGCUUUCGUAUUCUCCUUCGCUCUUCUCUCUGGCUUCACUCUCGCUGGAGAUCCUUUCGUCUCCUACAUUUUCGAAGUCUCUUAUAUCACUGCUUCUCCUCUAGGCGUUCCUCAACAGGUUAUAGCCGUCAAUGGGAAAUUUCCAGGCCCUGUCAUUACUGCUACCACAAACUACAAUCUUGAAGUUAACGUAUACAAUCGCUUGGAUGAGCCUCUCUUACUCACUUGGCCUGGCAUUGAAAUGCGUCGUAACUCGUGGCAAGAUGGUGUUCUUGGCACAAACUGUCCACUUCCUCUGAAAUGGAACUUCACUUAUGAUUUUCAAUUGAAAGAUCAGAUUGGAAGUUUUUACUACUUCCCUUCACUUAAUAUCCGACGAGCUUCUGGCGGUUUUGGUCCAAUCGUAAUCAAUAACCGUGAAAAUAUUCCUAUCCCUUUCCCUAAGCCUGAUGGUGAAAUCAGCUUAAUGAUUGGUGAUUGGUAUACUCAGAACCAUACAGCAUUAAGGAGUAUACUCGACUCUGGUAAAGAACUUGGGAUGCCUGAUGGAGUGCUCAUCAAUGGGAAGGGUCCUUACAAAUACAAUAGCAGUGUACCUGAGGAAAUUCAAUAUGAAACCGUUAAUGUUGAUCCAGGGAAAACAUACAGGAUCCGCGUUCACAAUGUUGGUAUCUCGACAAGCUUGAACUUCAGGAUUCAGAACCACAAAUUGCUCUUAGUUGAAACUGAAGGUCGCUACACCUCCCAAACAAACUUCACCGAUUUUGAUGUUCAUGUGGGACAGUCUUACUCUUUCUUGGUCACCAUGGACCAAAACGCAUCAAGUGACUACUACAUUGUGGCUAGUGCUAGAUUUGUGUAUGAAACAGAGUGGCAAAGAGUCACAGGUGUUAGCAUCCUCCAUUACUCAAAUUCCAAAGGACCUGCUUCGGGUGCUUUGCCAGUUCCAGCUACUGAUGUUUCUCACCCGUGGACUGUAAUGAAUCAACAAAGGUUCAUAAAGCAAAACACAUCUGCAGCUGGAGCUCGUCCAAAUCCACAGGGGUCAUAUCACUACGGACAGAUAAAUAUCACAGACACAUACAUCUUGAGGAGUAUGCCUCCAACAAAAAUCAAUGGGACACUUCGUGCUACACUUAAUGGGAUUUCAUUUCUGAAUCCAAGCACGCCCUUUAGGCUUGCGGAUAAACAUAACGUGAAAGGACUCUACAAGCUUGAUUUUCCAAAUAGACCUCUUGAAGAUAAACCUCCACGUUUGGACAGAUCUAUCAUCAACGCAACAUACAAGGGCUUUAUUCAAACAGAAAAGGUUCAUAUAACAACUGGGACCGCAGUAUCACGAAGCACGAUCGAGGUUUACCCAGGGGCAUGGACUGCCGUGCUUAUGUCCCUCGAUAACGUCGGAGUUUGGAACAUCCGAGUCGAGAAUCUGGACAGAUGGUAUCUUGGCCAAGAAACAUACAUGAAAGUUGUAAACCCGGAGGAAAACGGUAAAACAGAAAUGGAUCAGCCUGAAAAUGUUCUUUACUGUGGUGCUCUCAAGUCCUUGCAGAAGGAACAACAUAGUUCCGCAACAUCAAUACUUAAUGGCCAUUUGAAUCUAAUCGUCAGCUUGGCGAUGGUUUUGCUUGCCUCUGUUUCAGCCUUUUGCUGA